AUGCCGUCCAUCGGCCCCCAGCUCCCUCCCUCGCCUCACAAGCGGAAACGCUCCGCCUCGCCCGACGGCCGCACCUCACCACCACCCGCGAGGCGAGCCCGUCCCAGCAACAGCAACAACAACACAGACGAGAUCAACCUUUCCGACUCCGACUCCGUCUCCUCCUUCGGCCCUCCCGCGCCGCCUUCAACAACCACAGCCCCAACCAAGCCCUGCCCUCCCGCGGACAAGGACUCUUCCGACGCCCACUCCGACUCCGACUCCGACUCCGACUCCGACUCCUACGGCCCAUGCCUCCCAACAGCAACAUCCAAACGGCCAACCAUCGGCCCCAGCCUGCCGACACCCGACCCGGCCCUCCAAAGGGACAGCUGGAUGCUCGCGCCCCCCUCCUCACAGGGCUACACGGAGCGCGACCCGACGCGCAUGCGCAACCGCAAAUUCGCAUCCAAGCCAACACCCACCGCCUCCACGGCCCCGUCGUCAAUAUGGACAGAGACGCCCGAGGAGAAGCUCCAGCGCCAAAGAGACGCCCUGCUCGGCCGCAGCACGGCAGAAGCACCCCUCGGCGCAAGCCCAACCCAACACACCCAGCGCCAGCAGGAUCGGGACCGCAAGAUCGCCGAGACCAUCGAGGCGCACCGCGGAGACAGCCUGUACCAAGAGCACGCGCGCAAGAGGAAGGCGGCGCCCAAGACAACCCGCGACGGCGGCCGCGGCGACGACGACGACGACGAUGACGAUCCCAGCAAGAGAGCGUUUGAUCGGGAAAAGGACAUGGCAGUCAGGGGCAAGAUAGGCGACAAGGCACGGAGAGAGCUGAUUUCCAAGAGUGCCAAUUUCGGGGGCAGGUUUCAAAAGGGUUCCUUUUUAUGA